AGGGAUAAUGCCUUACUGCACACAAGCAAUGCACUCUGCAGUUGCACGUGCAUGUACAUGUACAUGUACUGUACAUGCUGUACACGUGCAAUUGAAAACAACUGUACUGAAUUUCGCAUGCUCUAUGCAGAGGCAUGGCAUGACCAGGCUGGCUUGUACACAGCUACAGUUUACGUACACUUAGUAGUUAAUUUAACUAUGACUUAACUGUGCAUUAUGAUCAGCAUAUCACUGGAAAUACGACCUGUGUGUGGAUUGUUUUUACUGCCAUAUCCGCGUUAUAUAAAGAAGAUCUGUGAAGUCUGCAUUCCGUUCUGAAAGAUAUCUUUUACGAUGGCCACAAACGAGAUUUCUGAAAGUGACAGCGACAGUCUCUGCAGUUCUUUGGCAUCGCUUGGAUCUUCUAUGUACGCCGUGCCUAACAACUUGUUACAGAUAAUUUUCCGACGUCUUAGUGCGUCUGACCUGUGUCACGUGGCAUGUUGCAGCCGUUGGCUACGUGAUGCAACCAAUCAGGAUUCUUUAUGGCGCCCUCUUUGUCAAAGCAGAGGAUGGGAGCACUACGGCACCACCACAGACCUGGCCAAGAUAGCGUCCUACGGACCUUCCAAGCAAGCAACUGGCGCUACUGAAGCAAGUCACUGCAGCGUCACCUUCCAGAAUGAUAGGAUCGUGACGGAUGACAACACAGCGGGUUUAACCAGCACAUGCAGGUGGAAAAGCGCCUACAUGAGGGCUUACCAUCUGAAUAGAAACUGGGCUACGAAUUGUUCUAAUGUCAAGGAAUUAGAUAUAAAUAUGUACAGGCCCCAUGAUGUCUUCUCAGACCAAGCUUUUGUAGAUGGGGAUCUGCUAGCAAUGCGUACCUCCGAUAAGACAGUCCAUGUCUUUGACAUUCGGAAGGACACCCUUGAGUGUGUGAUCCGUGAGGACGCUCCCAACAAGAGGGGAAUCAUCAAGAUCAAAGAUGGCGUAGCCGUGGUGUCUUGUUCCAGUGGGACGGUCCGUGCAUUCGAUGCAAGAACAGGACAGAUGCUGCAAGUGAUGGAGACAGCCGGGCAAGGGGAAUUCAUAUCAUCGUUCUUUGACGGUGAAUUGGUCAUCGUGAGUACCUACGACAUUUGGAGAUACGUCAGACGGGACAGUCGUUACAUUUACGUGUGGGGUGUCCAAGACGGAAGACGACGCCUGCUGACAAUGGAUGAUGCGACAGAGAUUGACGGAUGGCGCGAAAUAGAUUACCGGAAUAAGCUGCUCGCGGCUGCCCACUCUGAUAACUACAUUCGCGUGUGGGAUGCGAGGAGCGGAGAGCGUUUGCAUAAACUAAAAUGCCCACAGGGCGCCUUCGGUGUUAAACUUGGGGAUAACGUUAUCGUUGGUUUUAGCGCCGACCAAAACAAUGCUCUGAUGAACAUUAUUUGCAUUUUCAGUCUGGACACGGGGGAGUGCCAAAAGGAGAUAUCCUUCCUGUCUGCCAAUACGUGGGAUCCGUACUUGACGAAUAGUUUGAUAAUGAUAGUAAAAAAAGGGCGGGUUUUCAAUUCGAUGUUCGCUUAUGAUCUUCGUGGAAUAUCAGUCACUAGAAAAACACUGAAGGGGUCGAUACUCCAUCCCACUUACACGGAUCAUGACAAUGGAAGCAAGUUCUCCUUUAGUGUGUUUGACGAAGAGGAAAGACGGUACAAAGAGUUCAUCUUUGAAGCCACUCCCAUGGGCUUGCUGCGACUUGGUGCUUUUAGUCGUGACCUACGCGAUGUUGAAAUCAUCUGGAUGGACGAAAUCAGAAUGCUUCGCUAUGACACACGUCAUAAGAGACUCCUCAUCCAUCAUUACUGGUGAACCAGUGAUGGCACCUGACCAAAUGAAUGCACUCUCGAUGAUCAUGACUAAUAAUGAACAUCGACAUUGUCAGACAUGUCAGAAAUACUGACAAUAGGUCAGAUCUGGUCUCCAUCUUUUUCACCAAAUUAUAUAUAACUCGUUAUGGACUCCAAGCGUAACUAUAUCCUCUGCAGUGGAAACAAAACACUCGUUACUAGACAGGUCGAGUGCACUAUGAUUGUUUAUACAACACCUGAAUAUAUCCCCGUCAUCUGAUUGGUGGAUCGUUGAUCACAUGCCAUUGAAU